AUGAGCACGGUUUUCCAGGUUCUGGGCAACAAGCAGUCGCUCCCGGUCUCCCAAGGCCUGCCGGAACAGGGCGGCGCCGGGAUCCGGCGGCGGCUCUCAUCUGUCUCCCUCAACCUCCAGAUCCAGCAGCCGUCUUCCAUCUCCGCGUGGGCGGCGCUGCGCCGCUCCAAGUCGAUGUCCGCCGCAGCCGGCAGCUCGAUCCGGGGCUGGUGGGAGCGGGGUUGGGGCUGGAUUCUCGCCCGGAAGCCAACCUUCGCGGCGGAUCUGGAGAUGAACGAGGAGGAGGCCGCCGCAAUCGGCAGCAACAGUAGGGGCAGCUGGCGCCACGUGCUCUACAAGGCCACCACACAGCUCCGCCGGAGGCUCCUCGGCUCCGAUAAUGUCGGACUCCCGCAGACCUUCCGCUACGAUUACGCCAAAAGCUUCGACGGCGGCCGCAGGUCCGCCUCUCUCGUCCGCUGA